AUGGCCCCAGAACCCGGAAUCCUCAAACGACAGCGCUCGCGUCCAUCGGACUGGUGGGCUGCGAAACCAACGGUUGCCGAGCCUGCUCCUGCUCCUCACGCUUCUGCGACAAGUACAAGAGAUGGAGACAGAGAAAUGCAAGUGGGAGAGAAUGGGAGUGAGAAGAAGAAGAGGGGCAGGCCUUCGGCUGGUGGAGGGGGCAUUACAGAAAAGAUGGCGGCGGGGAAUAGAGGGAGGAAGGGAAAUGAGGCAGAUACCGGGAUAUCCAACAAAAUUGGUGCUGCGAACAGGGAGAAAGAGAAACCUUUGAGGAGGGGUCGCUCAAGUGCUGGGGAGGCGGAUAUCAGAGCUUUAGGCCUAGGCGAAGGAGAGAAAGCUCAGGGUGCGAAGAAGAAAGCUGUCCGGGACCUUGAUGUCAAAGAAGCUACAGAUAAUGAGAAGCCGUCAAGGAGGGGGCGCUCGAGUGCUGGGGAGGGGGAAUUGAAGUUGGGCCAGGCGUCCCGAGCGAUGGAUACGGAUAGGACAAAUGCGAUGACAGUGAGGCAACGGGGGAGGCCGGCCGCUGUUGUGGCAGAGGAGGAUUUUGUGGAUGGGAGUGAAGAGCAGGUUGCACCUACUAGGAGAGGUAGACCUUCCGCUGCUCAAGCUGAGGAACAGGUUGGUGGUCUAUCGGGAGAGCAGGCCAAAGACACCACAGCGCCAAAAAGACGAAGUCGGCGAUCCCUUGCUGCUGUUGAGGAUCAAGUUGAGGACGUCUUGGAGUCUGGAAAUUCUAGAGAGGAGAUCGGGUCAUCAACUCGAGGCCGACAUACUGCGGCAUCAGCUAGAAAACAGCCGGAAGAACGAUUGCUGGAUGCCACAAAGAAGCGCGGGAGACCAGCACUUCCUCCUUCUGAGUCACCCGCCAAAUCUACAUCAGCUUCGGAUAACCGAAUCGCCAAGAAGCGCGGUCGGCCUGCUGCAGAGAAAACACCAGCAGAGAUUGCUCCUGAACUUCCAGAGCCUAAAAAGAAACGUACUCGCCAGUCCGAUGCUGAAAUUAUCCAGCCAGAGGGUGAGAGUGUGCUAAAUGAAAGCACUCCGGCACGAGGUCGGACUCGCCACAGACAACCGGAUGUAGUGGAGAAGGAGCCAUCGUACCAAGAUAAGAAUCUCAAACGCAAGAGGACUCGCGAGUCUAAUGUGCAAGGCGGAGAUGGAGAUGUUGAAGCUGAGGACAGGGGAAGGAGGACGAGAAGAUCAGACCUCGGAUCUCAUCAAGUUGUACCUGAGCCAGGGGUGACAAAUUCGAGCAGAACGACCAAGUCUAAUCGACGAUCGGAAGUCGUUGCGGUGGAACAUGCUUCUUCAAAACUUACGAAGAUUCCUGGCGGAAAGCGAUCGAAACCCUCUGGCACUACCUCUCAUGCUAAGAAAGGUGCUUCCUCUACUCAAACAUCAACAGAUGCUAAGAAAGCUACGCGACAAUCUAAUGGUACUUCUUCGGCACCCUCCCAAACCAACAAGAAAGGCUCAAAUCGAGUUUUAACUUUUCCUCAAGUCGAAGCUCCUCCGCGAAAACGCAAAGGCCUUGAAAAAGCAGAGUCUGCACCAUUCAAACGCCAGCGAAUUGAGAAAUCACCGGAAGCAGAAGUGGACUUGCUCAACUAUCAACAUCUUAAGGCAGUCACCAGAAACGUGUUACGGCAGACAAUUGAGGCCAAAUGGGAGGCUCUUCCCCCGACAGCAAUUGAUCGCAUCGCCCAAUUGCUGAGUGAUCUUCAGAGGCCUGUCAUUGCUCAUCUCAAUGACGAACGGAAGAAAACCCAAGCGAGCACGGCUGUAGAAGCAGUUGCACGUAAACUUGUAAGGAAGUUUUCGAGAGGUCUUCCAUUCCCACCUGGCACACGGAACCAUCGAGAGGACGAUUUCGAUUUUGAGAAGAUAUUGGAUCACAAUCGGGCAUUAGAGGCGCAGCUCACACCGGCACUCCAUUCGAACGAGCUGCUUGAGGCAGAAUUAAGCAAGGAGUUGGCAAAGCUGGAGUUAGAUAAGGAAUUGCUCGCAGAGCUGGAGACGAAUGCAAAGUCCGAGGCUUCAGUGCGAAAUCAAGCUGCUCGAAAGUUGCAUUCGGUCCUGCAACCAGAUGAAUCGCUAGGGGAGACUGAGUUAUUGAAUGGUGAUAUUGGUCUCAAUGUCGACCGACAGCUCCAGCCAUUGGAUCUCGGGGUAAGUUUGCCCUUUACAGAAAUGUUUUCCUUCAGCUAA